UCACAAGUUCAGCCAAUUUAACUGCGCAUUCGCAAAACCGAAAAUAAUGAACGCAACGUUUCCUUACAACCACCCAGGAAAUGAGUUAUUUUGUUAAGUUUCAUUAUUUCUUAAUACCCUUCUGACCUCAUUAAAAUUAAAAGCAAGUAUCAUGCAUUUAAUUGUUGUUAUUUUAUCGGUAAUAAAUGCAGUCACUGGUGAACAGUGCACUCAAACUAGCAAUUGCGAAUGUAAAUUUACAAAUGGAAGUGUCAUAGAUCUGACCAGUUUGGGAUAUCAUCACGAAGCCAGGUUUAAACAUUUAACAGCUAAAUGUAAAAAGGACAACUUUAAAUACUACUACAAUCCCUGUUUUCCUUUUAACCUUGGUGGAUCGUGUAUUGAUGUAGCUGUUUGUCAAGUUCAAUUCUCUUCCACGCCCAAAAACAUCCAGCAUUGGGAUUGUGGCAACAAUAAUAAUGAAUUUAUAUGGAAUACAGAACGUAGCGCUUAUACUUUAGUGUAUACAGCACAUAAUCAUAGCGAUGAAAGGAAAACUAUUGUUGAACUUAAAUGUUCCAAGGAAGCAACAACACCAUUGUUAGAGGUUAGAGGAGAACUCCAAACGAGGGUUUACGAAAUGAGAUUAACAAGUAGAUGUGCAUGUCCUGAUCUUUGCUCUGAUGUUCCUGUUUCUGUUGGUUCUACAUUGAGAUUUCAUUUUGUUUUUAUUAUUUGUUUCAUGCUUCUCACUAUGAUAUUUCAACUGAUUUCUCGCAUUUAGUUCAUGAUGACUCUGUCUUUAGAAUAGUGGAAUGAGAGAUUGCAAAACUGAAACUGCCUAUGAAACAACCAAACUCUUUUUAGAGAUAAAAAUAGAAUGCAAAAAUAAAAAAAAAAAAUUAUAAAAAUUUCCUGAUUUGGAGAUUUAUUUUUAAGUUCUCUAUACCAAAAUAUUUUUAUAACAUAUGAGUAUCCGAAAAAUAUAAUUGUUUGCAAAUAAUAAGUAAUAAACUAUUACCAUACAUGCCUGUUGUUAAUUGUAAAAUUUGUACUCUCAAAACAACAGCGAGUGUUAAAACCAUGUUUGUGAACUGUUAAGAUAGAGUAUUUAAUCUAUUGUCAAUAACUUAACUGCUGUACUUUUUUUUAAUAACCAGUUUACUCUGAACAUAUACAAGAUCUUUUGUAACUGUUUUAAAUAAACUUAUACAGGGUG